CGCCUGCGACGUCAGCGGCGUUGGGGGGAAGUUGGCUGCGGCCCUGGCGGCUUGGCCCUGUGCGGAGGCCGCCGGCGGGGUGAAUCGCUGCCGGGCCGCGCCGGGAAAGGGAGCACCGGCGGCCGAGGGAAGGGUUUCCCCCUCCGGCGGGCGGGCGGGCGGGCGCCGAGGUUGCGUAGUAACGGCGGCAGGCAGGGCUUGGCCCGGCCCCGCUGGCUGCCCGCGCAGAGCCGAGGAGGCCGAGGUAGAUCUCACCUCGAAUUUCAAAAUGGAGCUUGACAUCCAGUGCGAGGAGAUGAACCCGUCCCGGUGGGCUGAACUCCUUUCCACCAUGAAAUCCUGCAAGACCAUCAGGCUGGAUGACUGCAGUCUCUCCAGCAGCAACUGCAAGGAUCUCUCCUCCGUCAUCAAUACGAAUCCGUCCCUCACGGAGCUGAAGCUGAACAACAACGAGCUGGGAGAUGCGGGCAUCGAAUACCUGUCUACAGGGUUGCUGAUGCCAAGCUGUAACUUGCAGAAAUUAUGGCUGCAAAACUGCAACCUAACGAGCGCCAGCUGCGAGACUCUCCGCUCCGUCCUCAGCGCACAGCCCUCGCUCACCGAGCUGCACGUGGGCGACAACAGACUCGGAACCGCCGGCGUCAAGGUGCUGUGCCAAGGGCUCAUGAACCCCAACUGCAAGCUACAGAAGUUGCAGCUGGAAUACUGCGAACUCACAGCCGAUAUCGUGGAAGCCCUCAACGCUGCUCUGCAAACCAAGCCCUCCCUGAAGGAGCUCAGCCUCAGUAACAACACACUGGGAGAUACGGCUGUGAAACAGCUGUGCCGGGGACUGGUGGAGGCAAGAUGCGACUUGGAGCUACUACACCUGGAGAACUGUGGGAUAACCAGCGACAGUUGUCGGGAUAUUAGCGCCGUCCUCAGCAGCAAGCCGUCCCUGCUAGAUCUGUCCGUGGGCGAUAACAAGAUCGGGGACUCGGGUCUGGCUCUGCUGUGCCAAGGACUGCUGCAUCCCAACUGCAAGAUUCAGAAGCUAUGGUUAUGGGACUGCGAUCUCACAAGUGUUAGCUGUAAAGAUCUCUCCAGAGUCAUCAGUACAAAAGAGACCCUCAUAGAGAUAAGUCUGAUCGACAACAACCUGAGAGACUCGGGCAUGGAAAUGCUGUGUCAGGCACUCAAGGAUCCCAGAGCUGGACUCCAGGAGCUAUGGGUUAGAGAGUGUGGGCUCACGACCGCUUGCUGUAAGGCGGUCGGCUCUGCUCUCAGCGUGAACAAACACCUGAAAGUACUGCACAUCGGCGAGAACAAGCUGGGAGACGCAGGCGUCGAACUCUUGCGCGAAGGGUUGCUGCACCCGAACUGCAACAUCCAGUCCCUGUGGCUGGGUAACUGCGAUCUCACAGCGGCCUGCUGCGCGACUCUCGCCACGAUCAUGGUCGCCAAACAGUGUCUUACAGAGCUGGACCUGAGCUACAACACUCUGGAGGACGAAGGCAUGAGGAAGAUCUGCGACGCCUUGAGGAAUCCAGACUGCAAAUUGCAGCAGUUAAUUUUGUAUGACAUUUUUUGGAGUUCGGAAAUGGAUGAUGAACUAAGAGCCCUGGAAGAAUCCAAACCUGAACUGAAGAUCAUUUCCUGAGUGGUGACCCAGCAGUGACCGACUGACUGCCUGCAGAGCCGAGUCAAAGCAACGUCCUCUUCUUAAUCUGAACUUUUCAUAUAUAAGGCUAAUAACUUAAUAUAGAACAUGCUUUUACCAAAAACCAUUCAGGAGUCCCUGAGCGGCUGUCCAAGGGAGUUGAUAAGCCUCCUGUGCAUUGCUGCACGUACUAAUCUGAGGCUUAAUAAAGCUUUCUAAGUUUUCACUGCCGCAGUGCUAUCCUCAGAUUAAACACUUACGGGGCAUCUGCUAGAAGUGGGUCUCUACCCUUUAGGAGCUCUUUAAUCCCCCCUAAUGUAUUAGUCACCCUUUAAGGAGAGCUACAGCAAGGGGAGAACUGCCCGCUAUAUUAUUCCUGGGUGGUGCUUUUGCCAGGUCUUGGAGGAAAGCUCUCCAAAGCCAACACAAACGUGUUUUUUUAAUCCAAAAUUGAGCUCUCCACUGCUUUCACUAGAAGAGUUCUUGGAAAAGUAGUGGUGGCCAGAGCGCUAGAGAAGAGAGUGAAUGGCUGCUCAGCUACCUGACUUCAGAAUUAGUGUCCCUUGAAAAGCGAUUUUCCCACAAACAAAAGAUGCUGUGCAUUUCUGCUAGUACUGGGAACGAUUAAAUGGUUUGAUACAUUUGCUCUGGUAAGAAUGUUUCUACAGAACAUAUUAAAAUCUGUUUGCAAAGAA